UAUGUGUGUGUAUACAGACACACAUAUAUAAAAGCUUAGGUCAUGACAAGUCUUCACUUAAACAAUACAAGACUCCGCUAUUCGUUUCUUUUUCCAAUUUCUUAUUCGCAAGUUUCUGGUGCUUCAAUGGAGGAAUGGACGAGAGGCCCAACCAUCGGCCGCGGCUCCACCGCCACAGUCUCUAUCGCCGUCGCGAGCUCCGGUAGAAUCUUCGCCGUCAAAACCGUCGAGCUCUCUUCCUCGGCGAUCUUACAGAGAGAACAAUCUCUCUUGUCCGAAUUGAGCUCUCCUCACGUAGUCAAGUUCAUAGGCUCUGUUUCGACGCGCGAGAACAAUAUAUUUCUCUACAAUAUUCUUAUGGAAUACGUCGGCGGAGGAACUCUUCACGAUCUGAUCAAGAAACGCGGUGGGAAGUUGCCGGAGCCGGAGAUCAGAUCAUUCACGCGUCAGAUUCUGAAGGGUCUGAGCUAUCUUCACUCGCGAGGGAUCGUUCACUGCGACGUGAAGAGUCAGAACGUUUUGAUCGGCGAAAACGGCGUCGUGGCGAAGAUUUCCGAUCUGGGUUGCGCCAAAACUGUGGAGAACGGCGGUGUCACUUCGGAAUUUUCCGGUACACCGGCGUUCAUGGCGCCGGAGGUGGCUCGCGGUGAGGAACAGGGGUUUGCAGCGGAUGUAUGGGCAUUGGGUUGUACGGUGAUCGAGAUGGCGACUGGUUCGAGCCCAUGGCCCGGCCUAAACGACGUCGUUGCGGCAAUGUACAAGAUCGGAUUCUCCGGCGAGUCUCCGGAGAUUCCGGGAUGGUUGUCGGAGAAAGCUAAGGACUUUCUGAGGAAUUGUCUGAGGCGAGAAGCGAGCGAGAGAUGGGCAGUUCAUGAAUUUCUGCAACACCCAUUUCUCGACGAACAAGACGAAUCUCGUACUUGUCUGAACACGAGGAUGACGACUUCUUCUUCUUCUCCUAGUACUGUGCUCGAUCAAUAUUUCUGGGAUUCAUUCGAACUCUCCAAAAGUCUCUUGAUUCAGACAGAACACGAAGACCCUUUUCCAGAUCCUUCGAGUUAUCGAGAUUCCCCCGCCGAUCGGAUCAAGAAACUCGCCGGAGAUGGGUUUUCCGGCGUGCCCGAUUGGGAUACCGACGACUGGAUUCAAUUGAGAAACAACGAGAUCGGACCAACCCAGAAACGAAAUGACGAGGAAAAUGAGAUUGGAGUCGAGGAAACGCCAUCGGAGGCAACGGAAAGUGUCGAGAGCUGGAAUUCAGAUCAGGACAGCAUGUCAUCUGAUCAUUUCUCUGACAGCGACAGCAGUAGUAAUUAUUACUACUCCACCAUUGGAGGAGAUGUAAUCCCAUCUGUCUGUUACAAUGUCGAAUGUAAUUCUGUAUCAUCCGACAUAAAUUGUGUAAAAGACAAUAAAAAAUAUUGUUUUUCUCCAAUAUUCGAAUCUAAAAAAAACUAA